AUAGCCCAGUAAUUAUUCUGUUAUUUUUGUUUUACAACCGUUGUCGUUAUGGCUACUUCAAGCACCGGGGCAUCUUCAGCUUCAAGCACGAUGAUGAGAAGCUCAAGUACCGAUGAGAAUUUGCAGCAGAUUUUGGAUGAAAAGAAGCGCAAGAGAAAGCUGUCCAAUAGGGAAUCGGCACGUCGGUCUCGGAUUCGAAAACAGAAGCACCUGGAUGAUCUGAUGGGGCAAGUUUCUCAACUCACAAAGGACAACAACCAGACCCUUACAAGCAUGAACAUCACCACACAGCUUUAUUUGAACGUUGAGGCUGAGAACUCGGUUCUUAGAGCUCAGAUGACUGAGCUCAGCACCAGGCUGCAAUCUCUCUACGAAAUCAUCGAUUUCAUAAACUCAAGCAAUGGGGUUUUCGAAAAUGAUCACAACUUUGAGGCUGCCCAUCAUCAUCAUCAGAUCAACGAUGAUACCUUCAUCAAUCCAUGGACUUCUUUCUCUGUCAAUCAACACGUCAUGGCUUCUGCUGACAUGAUUAUGAACUGAGCAAUCAUUUCUAUGCUGCGAAAUCCUGGCUUUAUGGUUGUUGAUUGUUGCUCUUGUUUCUAAUAUUACAGGUGUUGCUUAGAUCCUAUUGGAGAUAGCUAGAGCUGGCCCCCCUUUCUUUUUGUUGUGUUUUGCUUCAUUUAGGUUGUAAAGGCUUUGCAUAAUGAAGGGAUGCAUGGAUGGAGAUUUGUGAUAAUCAGACAUAAAAGCUGGCAAUACCAUAGUUGGGCUGUUACAUUAUUGUUGAAAAGUUGCCAUUUCUGGUUUUCUAAUGUAAUUAUCAUUGCAACCCUA